AUGGGCAAGAGUAAAAUCGGCCUGAAGAAGGACCUGAUGAAGAGAGUCACAGAUCUGCUGCACAACGACUGCAGUCCUGAGCUGCUGUCUGCUGUCCGAGAUCUUCACAAACUCCGGCAGGUUUCUAAAGACGCCCGCAGGAGCUCAAAGCCCAGUUCUGACCAGAUCAUCUCCAUGCCAGAGUGUGUCUCGCCCGACAAACCACAAUCACCCAUGUCUAUCUGUACAGAACCACAGAUGAUCAAACUGCCCUUCUAUCAGACGCUGGACACCAUUCUGCCUCCUACACCUCUGGAUUGCUGUGGAAUAAAGUCUAACAACCGAUAUAUUGUGAAGAAUGACUUUGGGGAGAACAUUUUUACUAUUAUUGAGGACAACGAUUGUUGUAACAGGACUUGCUGUGCUGCAGCACGUUCCUUCAUAAUGAGUGUUUUUAAUGAUUCAAAUCAAGAGAUCAUCAGACUGGUGCAACCGUUUGUUUGCAACUGCUGGGGCCAUAAGCUGGAGGUUCAGUCUCCACCGGGCAUUACCAUUGGAUAUGUUCGACAAAACUUUCAUAUUUGCCUGCCUAAAUUCACCGUUGAGAAUGAACGAGGUGAACCGGCAUUUAAGAUCGCGGGACCGUGUGUACCUUGUACCUGCUGCACCGAUGAAAACUUUGAGCUGCUGUCUCUGAAUGAGGCAGUGACAGACAGCAAGAUCUUCAAACCCUUCUCAAGCAGUGGCCCAAACGCAGGUGUGGAUUUUGUGGUGAGGUUUCCGAGCGACCUGGAAGUUAAAAUGAAAGCUACUCUACUGGGGGCCUGCAUUCUCAUUGACUGUUUGUAUUAUGAAAAGACACAAAGACCAUUACUACUGAAGUAUUACUGAUGACCAUUACAAGAGAUGUAUUCUGUAGGCCUACUUCAGAAAGAAGACAGAAGAAAGACAAAUGUCUGAUGACUACUUGCUAAAUUAUCCUCCAAUGAAGGCUGAAGAGAAAAGAAUCAUAGACCAGAAUAUGGCCUAAAAUUGCUUUUUUAAUAUUGCAUCUCUUGCAAAAAAAAAAAAAAAACUUUCACAUGGCAAAUGCUGUCAAAGUAGCUAACAAUAUACUAUCUCUUUUCAUGUCUUGUUAUUUGACAAAUGACACAUUAUCAGUUGUUUCAGUUUGUGGCUCCCUCUUAUAUAAGGGUGACACUGAGGUUGCACGUGUAAUCUGAAAGUAGAGCAAACACAGACAGAUGAAGUUCUUAGUAGGUGCUUGUGAUGUGAAAAACCAACCACAACUGACUGGCACUUUGGGUUUCUCGUAAUGGAACACUGAAAAUGUUCUUUUACAUUUUUAAAUUUAAAAUUUAAAAAUUAUUCUCUGCUGCCUUGAUGGCUAAAAUUAAUUGCACAGACAUGCAGCCUAUAUUUUCUCAUUUUAAAAUGCUCUGUUGAUUUUUUUUUUUUUUUUUAGACCAUUCACCAAAAUAAAAUUGUCUUUUGUCAAUUUCUUUAUGCAAUAAACGUCUGUAUUCUGUAUUUCAUAUCAGACAUUUUGUGCAUGACAACCCGCGGCAACAGUGUUAAAGUAGCUCAAUUCCGUGGGAAAUCCGCGGACUUGGCAACACUGGUCCAAAUCAUCAGUAUUCAUAAAACAGUA